AUGUUCGAGAUGUUCCUCGAGAACGGCGGCACGCUCCCCGGGCCGUCGGAGCCCUCGGCGCACCCGCAUCCGGCGGCGACGCCGCCGCCGCCGCCGCGGCCACGGCACCAGCACAGCAUGUCCAUGGACGGCUCCACGUCCCUGCUUGGAUCCGCCGCCGCGGGGACGCCUGGGAGGGCGGGCGCUGACGCCAAGAAGGCCAUCUCCGACGCUAAGCUCGCCGAGCUCGCGCUCGUUGACCCCAAGCGCGCCAAGAGGAUUUUGGCAAACCGCCAGUCAGCUGCUAGGUCAAAGGAAAGAAAGAUGCGCUACAUUGCAGAGCUUGAAAGGAAAGUACAGACUCUCCAGUCAGAAGCAACUACACUAUCAGCUCAGCUGGCCAUGUUGCAGCGAGAUACCAGUGGUUUGACAAGCGAGAAUAGUGAUCUGAAGAUACGUGUGCAGACAAUGGAGCAGCAGGUUCGGCUGCAGGAUGCUCUGAACGACAGGCUAAGAGACGAGAUUCAGCAACUGAAGGUUGCAACAGGACAGGUAAAUGCCAACAUUGGAAAAAUGGGAAACUUUGGUAUGUCCUCAUUUGGAGGCAAUCCACAAAGUUACCAGCGCAGCCAUAUACAGUCCCUUCUGGCUGCUCAGCAGCUGCAGCAGCUCCAGAUCCACUCCCAGCAUCAGCAACAGCAGACGCAUUUGCAGCAGCAGCAGCAGCACCAGUUGCUGCAGGAGGCGCAUCCAUUCCCGGUGGACCUAAAGAUGAGAGGAUUUGCCAUGUCAUCACAUGCUCAAAAUGCAGGCGCCUCAGACAGCCAUGCUGUCAAGAGUGAACCCUGA